CCUCCUCUCUCUCUCUCUCCCCAUCUCCCCUUUCUUCGUUUCUCUCUUGCGCUGGGGAUGGGCACCAGAUGCGGCCGGCGACGACGAUGGCGGCGGAAAUAGAGAAGAGCGGCCACCGGCCAUCUCUCUCUUGCGGGCGCGCUCGCUGGUAGGCCAGGGAAACCACCCUCAAAACCGCCGCGCGACGCCGCCCUUUCCCGCCACCGACCCCUCGCCUCUGGAGGAUGGAAACCUCGCCGCGCGACGGGGACACUGCCGACGAAUGAACGAACGAUGCGUCCCUCCUGGUGCUCCGUCGCCACUCCAGAUGGGUCUCCUUGAGGUUGAGGACCUCCUCUUCGCCCCGCGCGUCGACGGCGGCGGCGGCGACGAUGAGGGCAUGGCGGCGCCCGACUACGCCAUCCCUCCCCUCUCCCCCACCGCCUCCUCCGUCGUCCACCGAUGCGCCCGGAUCGCCGGCGUGGAGGUGGAGCAGCUGCUCCGGCGGUUUGAGCCGGAGAAGGGGGACCAGCCGCUGGUGUACGCCAGGAGCGUCGUGGAGUACUGCUCCUACAUUGCCCUGUGCGUCGAGACCAAGCGCCAUGACUACCUCAGCGACAGCGAGUUCCACUCGCUCACCUACGACAUGAUAAUCGCCUGGGAAGCGCCCGACGACGAGACGGACGCCACGUUGUAGGGUGCUGAGAUUUGCAAAACGUAUAUCAGGUGACCAUCACCGAUCUCUCCCCGGCGCCCAUGCACGGAAGGCAGCUGCGCGUCGCCUACCAGGGUGUCCCGGCUCCCGGGUGCCUACAGCGAGGCGGCGGCGGCCAAG